AUGCGUGGUAUUUCUGGUAGUUAUGUGCUUGCAGCCCUGCUGCUGUCAGUAGCAUGGGCUGACCAUCAUGAGGGGCACCACCAUGGCCAUAGUGCCACUGGAGAGGCCCACAGCCAUGAGGGAGAGGAUAUCUGCCACAAGAUAUCCCCUCCCAAUGCUGACUUUGCCUUUGCCCUCUACAAAAAUCUGAAUGCCAAGACCGCUGCCGGAAAGAACAUCUUCUACUCCCCGCUGGGCAUCGCCACAGUCCUGUCCAUGCUGUCCCUGGGGGCCCAUGGUGCCACCCACAGCGAAAUGUUCACCACCCUGGGUUACAGCCCCCUCAGCAUGACUCAAGACCAGGUCAACGAAGCGUAUAAGCACCUUCUCCACAUGCUCGGUCACAGCCAGGAGGCUCAGCAGCUGGAAGUUGGCAAUGCCCUAGUCCUGCGCACUGGCUUCAAUCCCGUGGAGAAGUUUAUGAAGGACCUCAAGGACUACUACUCUGGAGAGACCUUCGAUGUUGACUUCAACACCCCUGAUACCGCCGUGACGAAGAUCAACAGCUUCAUUGCCAAAAAGACACACGACAAGAUCGAUAACAUGCUGAGCUCGCUGGACCCUGACACAGCCAUGGUCCUGAUCAACUAUGUAUUCUUCAGAGGGAAGUGGGAGAAGCCCUUCGAUGCCGAACAGACACACAAGGCAGAUUUCCACGUGGAUGACGCCACAACUGUUCAGGUGGACAUGAUGAAGAGGACCGGCCGCUACGACUUCUACCAGGACCAGGACAACCACACCACCGUCAUCAUGCUGCCCUAUAAGAGCAACACCUCCAUGAUGAUCGUCCUGCCCGAUGAGGGCAAGAUGGCGGAGGUGGAGGGCUACAUCAACAAGGAUUACAUCAGGCACUGGCAUGACUCACUCUUCAGGAGCUCAGUGGAGUUGUACCUGCCUAAAUUUUCCAUCUCAGCCGAUGCCUCCCUGGCUGACACGCUGAAAGAGAUGGGCAUCGUGAGCGCAUUCGGAGACACAGCCGAUUUCAGUGGCAUCUCUGAGGAGGUCAAGCUCAAAGUCUCAAAGGUGUCCCACAAAGCUGUGCUGAGCGUGGAUGAGACUGGAACAGAGGCAGCGUCUGCAACCACUGCCGAGAUCAUGCCAAUGAGUCUGCCUGACAACAUGAAACUCGACAGGCCCUUCCUCGUCUUCAUCCUGGAGCACUCCACCAAGAGCGUGCUCUUCAUGGGCAAGAUAAACAACCCCACCGCCGAGUGA